AUGUUCCGCAACCUUACCAGAAUGGCAUCCUCAAUCAAGUCGGCUGGCUGCCUCAUCAUCGGGGACGAGGUACUCAAUGGUAAGAUCCUAGACACAAACUCCUUUGAGUUUGCCAAAUUCUGCUUCAAAGAGUUGUCAAUUCCAGUGAAGAAGACCAUUGUCUGUGGAGACGACCAGGACGAUAUCAUCCGCUCCUUGAAGACUCUCACGGAUGAAAACUGCGACUUUAUUGUCACUUCUGGAGGCAUUGGAUCUACUCAUGACGACAUUACGUAUGAUGCUUUAGCUGCUGCCUUCAGGGUACCAUGCACAUUGGACAAAGAGACCGUCCAAAGGAUGCAAUCUAUACGAGGUCUGUAUUUGGCUGGAUUGAAAGAAGAUGAGUUGAAUGCUUUUUACAGAAUGGCAACGUUGCCUCAACCCUCCGGCGACACGAAAGUGCUGAAGCUCUUCAUCGACGACUCCCUAUGGGUACCUAUAGUCGGUCUCAAUGAUAAGGUGUUCGUGUUGCCCGGUGUUCCACAACUAUUUAAGCGUUUGCUUAUAGGACUAGGCGAUUCAGUGAAGCCUCGUUGUGUUUCGCAAGAGUACACCCGCUUCUUUGUCAAAACUAGAAGAGGAGAGCUGAGCAUUGCACCCUUCUUAGGUGAAAUGCAGAAAAGAUGUGACGCUUCCUUCAACAAGAAGGUGAAAAUCGGUUCGUAUCCUCACUUUGACUGGAAAAUCGUUACUGUGAGUAUAAUUGGCGACAAAUCUGUUCCUGAGCUGGACUUACGGAAGGUCGUCGACGAGGUCAGGAAGAACGUGGAAGGUGAAGAAAUCACUGCAGCAGAGGAAGACCACCUCACCACAUGUUCACCGCCUCAUGUCUAG